AGAAUCACUAGCAAGCAGCAGACGUGUCCUCUGUCAGAAGAUAGAGAGCUGAAGAGACAGAAACUGGUUACAGUGAUUCUGUAAAUCAUUCCAAGGCAUUUCAGCUCAGUGUCAUACGCAACCAACACGGGAACCAUGAACCAAAUAACGGUCUGUGCUGCAUUUAUUGCUAUUCUUUGUGUUCAGACACUAGCCGCCGACUCCCAAGGUGACUCAGGGUACACUUUCGCUGAUGAAGACAAGAUUGAAGAUGUUGAAGAAGAUAAAACCUUUAUCAAUGGUCUGAUGGACUUCAUCAACUGUAAAUUAUAUAGUCGUCUCCGAAAAGUUGAGGACAGCUGCGAUGAACUGAGCUACAACAUGGUAUCGAACAAACGUGCAACACCCGGCAGAGGAACAUUAGGUCUUAUGUUCGGAAGGAGAUCAUCAGAUUUUGCUAAAAGGAACAACGGCAGGCGACAGAGCUUCUCCUAAACCAUCACCUAUCUUCAGGUCUUCAUCAUCAUCAUCGUCAUUAUCAUCUAGCCUCCUCAUCAGUACUCGGAAUGUUCUACCAACUCUCGAUGCCAUUUCGUGACACAUGUUCUCAUCACAACACACACAUCAAAUCUGAGAGUAUUAUUUUUGCUAUUCUCUACACGGUCUUGUGCCACGGUAAUUUGAGUCUCCUGUAUGAAAAUGUCCUCACAAACGUUUAGUAAUACUUUCAUAACUUACCUUUUUUGAUAUAUUCUUAUUGUUCUUAAAGAAUGUUAUAGUUUCGUGUUACAUAUAUAUCAUGUAGACAUCACCAUGGUUACUUAGCCAUAUAUUUUUUUUCGUAAAUAUGUCAAUAAAUGACUUGAAAUAUAAAA